ACUCUACGCUUGAGCGGAGCGACGUAACGCCGACCGGAGCUAGAAGAUGGCGGCUUCCGCAGUUUGCCGGGCGGCGGGGGCCGGGACGAGAGUGCUGCUGCGCACCCGCAGCUCGCCGGUCCUGCUGAGGUCGCCUGCCUUGCGCAGCACCGCCACCUUCGCCCAAGCUCUUCAGAGCAUGCCAGAGACACAGGUCAGCGUGCUGGACAACGGGCUGCGAGUGGCCUCCGAGCAGUCCUCCCAGCCUACCUGCACGGUCGGGGUGUGGAUUGACGUUGGCAGCCGUUACGAGACUGAGAAGAACAAUGGGGCAGGUUACUUUUUGGAGCAUCUGGCUUUCAAGGGAACAAAGAAUCGGCCUGGCAGUGCCUUGGAAAAGGAGGUGGAGAGCAUGGGGGCCCAUCUCAAUGCCUACAGCACACGGGAGCACACGGCCUACUACAUCAAGGCGCUGUCCAAGGACCUGCCAAAAGCUGUGGAGCUCCUGGCCGACAUUGUGCAGAACUGCAGUCUAGAAGACUCCCAGAUUGAGAAGGAGCGGGAUGUGAUCCUCCAGGAGCUGCAGGAGAACGAUGCGUGUAUGCGGGAUGUGGUCUUUGACUACCUGCAUGCCACGGCGUUCCAGGGCACCCCUCUAGCCCAGGCUGUGGAGGGGCCCAGCGGGAAUGUCAGGAAGCUGUCUCGUGCAGACCUGACCGAGUACCUCAGCAGGCAUUACAAGGCCCCUCGCAUGGUGCUGGCAGCAGCCGGAGCAGGGGUGGAGCACCGGCAGCUCCUCGACCUCGCCCAGAAGCACUUUGGCAGCGUCUCAGAGGUGUACACUGAGGACACCGUGCCCACCCUGGCUCCGUGCCGCUUCACGGGCAGCGAGAUCCGUCACCGUGAUGAUGCUCUGCCCUUGGCCCACGUAGCUAUUGCGGUAGAGGGGCCUGGCUGGGCCAACCCGGACAACGUAGCCCUCCAAGUGGCCAAUGCCAUCAUUGGCCACUACGACUGCACUUACGGCGGCGGCACACACCUGUCCAGCCCGCUGGCCGCCGUCUCCGUGACCAACAAGUUGUGCCAGAGUUUCCAGACCUUCAACAUCUGCUACGCGGAGACUGGGUUGCUGGGCGCACACUUUGUGUGCGAUCGCAUGAACAUUGACGACAUGAUGUUCUUCCUGCAGGGCCAGUGGAUGCGCCUGUGCACCAGUGCCACAGAGAGUGAGGUGCUGCGGGGCAAAAAUGUCCUCAGAAAUGCCCUGGUGGCUCAUCUGGAUGGCACCACUCCUGUGUGUGAAGACAUCGGACGCAGUCUCUUGACCUACGGCCGGCGCAUCCCCCUGGCUGAGUGGGAAAGCCGCAUUGCGGAAGUGGAUGCCAGUGUGGUCCGUGAGGUCUGCUCUAAGUACUUCUAUGACCAGUGUCCAGCAGUGGCUGGAUUUGGUGAGUGGCCUAGAGGCCCUGUUCUUUAUCCGUCUCCUCAGGCCUCCUGUUGGCCUCCCCUUCUGCCUCUGCCCUCCCCCCACCCCCCAGCCUGCACUGGCAGCAGCAAACUGAGGCCCCCGAGAGGCUCUGCCCAAUAGACUGGCUGCCAGGGAGUUCUUGCUCAGAAAACCUGUCCCAGCAGCUCCCUGACUCCCUGCCAAGGUGCCUCCAUCAAUACUCCACACCCGCCAGGUAACGGACACCUCCGUGUGUGGGGUGGGGCUCCAAGAGCCAGAGCAUGAAGUGACAGGCUCGGCACCCCUGGGGGAAUGUUCUUUUCCCUUUUUCCACUCAAAGCCUGUCUUGUGCUGCUCUGGGCAGCUCCGAGUUGGGUGCGGCACAGGGCCAGGUGUCCCUGCACAGGCCAGGUACCCCGCCCUGACGCCCCACCCUCUCUCCACAGGCCCCAUUGAGCAGCUCCCAGACUACAACCGGAUCCGCAGCGGCAUGUACUGGCUGCGUUUCUAGGCAAGACGGCUGUAUGGGCGAGAGGGCUGGGCCAAGGUUCACGGUCCCUCCCCGCCACAGACAUACCACCUCGGUUCUUCAGACCUGUGUGCAGAUGACCUUACCUCCAAUAAAGGCUUGUAUUGAGAA